GGACCGCAAGAAACCCAAAGCCCGCCCACCGCGCAAUAAAUGAGAGGUUGGCACGGCCAAUCAAAACAGAGAUUAGAGAAAGCGCUCCUGCUCCGAGGAUUCUGAACGAGAAGCCCGGACUGUCGGAGGAACAUCAUCAGUGAAUGCCGGCCGUGCAACUUUAAGGAACCUGGAGAGCUGAAAAUCCCCUCCGUAGAAGUCCGAUGAAAGAAAUUAGACCUUUGGAUCAGUUUUGGAAACUUUGUAAAGUUUCAUCAGGAGAAAACUGGUUUUCAUAACUGAAAGAUUUUUCAUCCAGCACAUAUUUUGGCCUUGAUAUUGCAUCCUUUUUUUUGCUUUUAUUUAUUAAUUAUUUCACAACUGCAAUCAUGGGAGCAGCUGGUUAUGGAUAUUACCGCACAGUUAUAUUCAUUUCAAUGUUUGUGGGGUACAUGCUGUAUUACUUCAACCGAAAGACUUUCUCCUUUCUGAUGCCAUCAGUGAUGGAGGAGAUUGAUCUGGAUAAAGAGGAGCUUGGGCUGAUCACCAGCAGUCAGACCCUGGCCUACGCUAUCAGUAAGUUUAUCAGUGGAGUGCUUUCGGACAAGUUCAGCGCCCGCUGGCUCUUCUCCAUCGGGCUCUUCAUUGUGGGUGCCAUAAACAUCGCCUUUUCCUGGUCGUCCACUGUCAUGCUGUUUACUGUGCUUUGGUUUGUGAACGGGUUCGGUCAGGGUUUCGGGUGGCCACCAUGUGGAAAGGUGCUUCGUAAGUGGUUUGAACCGUCUCAGUUUGGGACAUGGUGGGCCAUCUUGUGCUGCAGUAUGAACCUGGCAGGUAGUCUGGGACCCAUCAUCACUACAGUGUUGGUUCAGUACUAUAAUUGGAGAAUCAUCAUGUCCGUGUCUGGGAUGAUCUGCAUGACUAUCUCUGUCGUUUGUCUUCUGACGGUGAAGAACGAACCCAGUGAUGUGGGGUUGCCCAAUAUUGAGGCUGGUGCUAAAAAGGGCAAAGGCAAAAAGGGAGGCCCUAAUGAUGAAAGCAGUCUAAAAGAGUUCCUGCUGUCUCCUUAUCUUUGGGUGCUGUCUGCGGGCUACCUGGUUGUGUUUGGGGUAAAGAUCGCCUGCACUGACUGGGGUCAGCUGUUCCUCAUGCAGGAAAAAGGCCAGUCUGCUAUGAUGGGCAGCUCAUACAUGAGUGCCCUGGAAGUUGGUGGGUUUUUUGGCAGCAUUGGAGCUGGUUAUCUGUCUGACAGGGCUGUGGCUAGGCAAGGGCUGGGUACCUAUGGCAAUCCUCGCCAUGGGCUACUCCUGAUGAUGAUGGCAGGCAUGGCUGUAUCCAUGUACCUAUUCCGGGUUACCAUCACACCAGAGACCCCAGAGGAAGCACCGCUAUGGGCUUUAGCACUCCAUCCAGUUGCAAUCCUCACUGGUGUCUCAGAGAAAGAGCUUUGGAUUUUGAUUCUUGGUGCUGCAUUUGGAUUUUCCUCCUAUGGACCAAUUGCUUUGUUUGGGGUGAUUGCAAGUGAAAGCGCCCCGUCCAAUUACUGUGGGACAUCACAUGCCAUUGUAGCUCUGAUGGCAAAUGUUGGUGCAUUCAUUGCUGGCCUGCCAUUCAGCACCAUUGCCAAACGCUACAGUUGGGACACUGCAUUCUGGGUAGCAGAGGUUGCCUGCGCUAUAACAACAGUUUGUUUCUUCUUUGUGCGUAACAUGCGCACAAAAAUGGGCCAUGUGCCUAAAAAGAUGGACUAAUCCUCUUAAUAAAUAUGAUCCAAUCAGAGAGCCCUGCCAAUGUGCCAGUACUCAGUUAGGACAUCUGUACUUAAAGGGAUAGUCCACCAAAAAAAUUAAACAUUCUGUCAUUAUUUACUCACCCUCGUGUCAUCUAAACUUGUGGAAUUCUAAAUAAGAUAUUUUAAAGAAUUUUGUUUGAUUUGAUUGUAUUUUUGGUCCAUACCAAGAACGUUUUGGAAAAAUAUGAGGGUGAACAAAUGAUAAAAGAUUUUUCAUAUUUUGAUGGACUAUCCCUUUAAGGAACUGUUUUAAUGUCAGUGUUACUGUUGUAAAAAAUUAUAUUUUUAACUUACAUUUUGAUUACCUUCAGUAUCAUAUUAAUAAUUUUUUCGUCCGCAAUAUCAUGACAUUCACACACUUAACAGAUAAAGUGUCUCUGAUGUACAUCUCUGAGAAGAACAUAAUUGGUAUUACUGAAAGAACAGAAAUGUUUACACACUUCUUAAAUAUAUAAAGUUGUUUACUUUCUUAGAAGAACUUAACAAGACUUAUUUUACAUGAAUGUUGUUUCACUUGCCACAAGCUUUUUGAGCUUGUUCAUUUUGUUUUGUUAAGUAACAGCUUUAAAGAUUGAGUUAUGUGCUGAAUUGAGGAUCCUCUCUUUCCAGGGUACAGACUGUCUUAUGUAGACACACGUUGUUCUUUUGCACUUUAGAUAUCUGUACUUUUGCUUUCAGUAUAACAGUAAAAAUUCAUUUUAAUUUAAUACAAAUCACAGCAUAAUUUAUGAUGUAUAAAGGUGUAAAAAAUGUAGCAUAAAAGGUUACUGUAACUAA